AUGUCAUCAGUUUCUGCAGAUCCUUUUUACCGGAUGGGAGUUAUUCUUGCAUCCAACAGAGGAACUUUAAUGCAAUUGGGUAUCUCCCCAAUUGUAACAUCUGGUUUGAUUUUGCAGUUGUUAGCUGGAGCCAAAAUCAUUGAAGUUGGAGAUACACCCAAAGACCUUAAUAUGCAGUUGGGUGACAUCAUGCAGAAUGUGCAGUGGAUAAUAAAUUGCUAUACUAUGGAAGAGAAUGUGCACUCUGGAAGGAAAAUAUCCCUUACAGAACAUAAGAAAUAGAGAGCAAGUUUGCUGGAGAAAAUAGUUACUUGUGCCAAGACUGCUGAAAUUAAAGAAAAGACUCUUGUCUACAUUCUGGCCUGGUUGGAAGAAUGGAAUGUCAUUUUGCCUGAGAUGACUACAAUUGAUAUUGAUGAACACCACCACUGUAUAGCACAAAUGGAGAUGUUACCAGAAACGCUCAAAGCUAUCGAGAGCAAUGUCAAGCUACUGAGCAGAAUUAGUACAUUUGAAGAAAAGAAGAAACAAAAGAAAAAAACAGCAUCUAGAGGUUCUCUAUGGAAAUCUUGGAUAGAAAGUGUUAUACAGCGACCUGCAACAGCUCAUGCUUUAAGACCAGAUCAGACGAUUAGUGAUCAAUUUGCAACAAAUACAAAGGUUUCAGAAAUCCAAGAUAUGCUACAGGAACUCAAAGAUACUGCAGUGUUCAAUAAAUUGGAAAACAAUGCUAUUAAAUAUAUGUCAUCAACAAUAGAAAACCUUUCUAAAGCUUUGAGUACACUAAAUGAUGAAGUGCAAGUUAUUAACCUCCAAAGUGCCAAUAUGUAUACAAAUGAGACAAGUGAAAGAGAAAAAGAGAUUUCCCUGAAGAUAAUACAAGAUCUCAGUAAAAAAAAUGAAAUGCUUCAGCAGAAACUUCAAGAAGCAGAAGAAAAAUAUAAACACCUUGUUCGAUCCAAAGGUGUAGAACACCAAGCAUUGCCCACAUCAACACUGAGAGUGUUACCUGAGCCUUCUCCACAAUUAGCCAUUAGCCAAGCUGACACAUUAGACAGUGUAGAUAAUAUUUUGGCCAAAGAAUUUGAAAUUGUUGUAGAUGAGGCUCCCCAAAAAGGGACCAAAGCCUUGGGGAUCAAGUGGGACUCAUCUCCUUCAUAUAUAGCCCAAGGUGAGACGAUUUCAGAUAUAACUGACCAGCAAUACCCUUUACCUGAAAAAAAACAGAAAAAGUCUUCUGAAGAGAUCACUGAAGAUAUCAUUAUAGAUAAGAUAUCAGCGAAGAAAGGCGGUGCCUUUCAGAAAGAUGGGACUGAUCAGUACCAAUCACAGAAAGGAAAGCGCACAAAAGGCCCAUAUGUGCAGGAGACCUCCGAAUCAAAUGUGAAUGAUGAUAAAGGUAAACAGAAAGUCACAGGGCCCAAACUUGAUCACCACUUUGAAAUACAAGCACUAGAAAAGAAGAGAAAAGAAAUAAAAUCAUUUUCUGAAAGCAAAUCAAAGUCACUCACUGAAUCAAAAAGUCAACAUUUUCCUUCUGAUUUCCCUUCUGACACAAAGAGCCAAGGUGGCAAAAGUGGAACCAGUAGUAUAUGGGAAAGACUCAGGAAAGCCAAACCUGAAUAUUCCCAUAGCAAAAGUCAAAUUUCUUCAGAGAAUAAAGAGGAACUCAUCAUUGAGUCAAUGGACGAAGAAGGCAGAAGUGAGAUGAGUAGCCAAGCAGAGCCAUCCAGGUUGAGCCAACUUGAUUAUUCCUCUGAGAGAAUGAAAAUAAAAGGAAAGAAACACCAAAUCUCUCCAGGAACCAUUAUAAGCAAAGAAGAAAAAACUGAAGAGAAGGAUAUGUCAGUCUUCGCCAAGAAAGUCAAGUCUCUUGAACUUGUUAAAUCACAGUCUAGGAUAACUAAAGAGACUUCAGGAACUCCAGAUGGCAAAAGAGAACAGAGUAAUCUAGAAGAAUUUCAGAAAGCCAUAGUGUCAUUCCUAAAAGAGAAAAUCGAUAACAUAGGAAAGCCUUUGGAUAAAAAGACUAGGUCAAAAGAAGAGUUAUUAUUAAAAAGAGCAGAAGUUGAAAAAUUAGGAAUCAUAAAGGCAAAAAUCGAGGAAUAUUUCCAAAAAGUGGCUGAAACUGUGACAAAAAUCUUGAGAAAAUACAAAGAUAUAAAAAAUGCAGGACAAAUUGGAGAGAAACCUAUGAAGCGAAAAAAGGUGGUCUCAUUUAUGCCAGAAUUGCAUUUUCAGAAGCAGAUUAGUGCAAAGUCAGAAAUUAGCACCUUACUUUCACAGGAGAGCCUUGGCCCACUAACUGACAAUUUAAUACAAAUGAUCUUGGCUGAAAUAGAAAGUGAACGGGAUGUUCCUGUAGCCUCAACAGUAGGGAAAGACCACAAGGAGAAGGAAAAACAAAGGCUAGAAGAAAGGAGCUAUGAGAUGAUAAAUAAGAAUUUGGAAAAGGAAGAGGCAUGGCUCCCAAUGAAGGAGGGAAAGCGAGGGCAACAGAAGCAGAAACAGUGGCAGGAAGAAGAGGUGUGGAAGGGACAGCAAAAACAGAGGAUGCAAAAGCAGAUUGAGCCAGAUGAGAGGCAAAAGAAAAGGGAAGAGGAGAAAGAAGGGCAUCAGAAGUCAAAGCAGCAGCAGCUGGAAGCAUGGAAGCAAAAAAUGAAAGAACAAGGAGUGCCCUUGGAGAAGGAGAAAGGACAGCAGGUGAUGCAGGUUCAGAAGGAAGUGAGACAUCUGGAGCAAGAAAGCAGUCGGGAGAGAGAGGAGGAGAAGCAGAAGCCAAGGAGAAAGGUAGAGGACCAUGAAAGGCAGAAGCAGAAAACAGCAAAGGAGAUGAAAACCUCUGAACAACCAGAACAGGUGCUCAGUCACACUUCAGUGACAUUGUCUUCCAGGUGGCAGAGCACACCAAAAGACGCACUGCAGUUACACCAAAGAAGAGAGUUCAAUGGGAAUCUUAAGAAAUUAGAGAAUCUGCAGGCCCAGGCAAUGGAAAUUGACCUCACCCCUGAAGAGGCCAAGGCACUGGGAAUCACCCCCACCUCCCAUCAGGUUCAGGAAUUGGGGGAAAACCCUACUCCUAAGAUGUCUCAGGGUUUGGGAGCAGCCCACGCACCUGAGCAGGCCCAUGUACUGAGGGUCACUCUUACCCCUCAGCAAGUCCAGGCAUUGGGGAUAACUCUCAGCCAUGAGCAGGCCCAGACACCGGGGAUUCAUGUCACCCCUGAACAGGCCCAGGCACAGGUGGUCCCCCAUGUCACCGCUCAGCAGACCCAGGAACUGGGGAUCACUCUCACCCCUCAACAGGCCCAGGGACUGGGGAUCCAUGUCACCCCUCAGCAGGCCCAGGACUUGGGGGCCCCUCUCACUUUAGGACAGGCUCAAGCAUUGGGGGUUUCUCUCUCUCCAGAACAGUUUGAGGAAUUAGGAGUUCCUCCCACCUCAGAUAACAACUAUACCUUAGAAUCUCCCCACAUCCCAGAACAAAUCCAACCUUUGGGAGCCCCUUUCACCCCAGGACAGGCCCAGUCCAUGGGUAUUACUCUCAGGUCUGAGCAGGACCUAAAAUUAGGAGCUCUUCUUAUUAAUGAGCAGUCCUUACCACGCAGGCCUGGUCCUCCUUCAAGACAUACUCUGGAAGUUGGGGUCUUUUCCGUUACUGAUAUAGCUGUCACAACACGUGCUCCUCACAUUCCUAAGCAGUCCCCAGUACCAUCUGCUCCUGUUGCUGAGAAGUCCCCUCUAUCUGAGGUCUCUUCUACUCCUUCGCAGAUAUCAAGGUCUCCUCUUACACAAGCCCCCUUUGUCCCUGGGAAAUCCUUGGGAAUGAGGAUUCCUUCAGAGCCCAGGAAGCUCCUGGCACCACAGACUUUUCCUUCCUCUAGACAGACCCCAGUUUCUAAGGGUCAAUCCACCUCUGUUCGGUUCCCAGCUCCAGUCCCCAGCCCAAUAUCUGGGCCCUCUCCCACUCCAGGACAGCUCCUUAUAUCUGGAGUCCCAGCCACUUCUGCACAGAUUCCCAGUAUCUGGGCUCCUUUCUCUCAUAGGAAGUGCUUGGUUCCUGGGGCUUCUUCCACCCCUGAGGAACUCUUGGAAUCUGGACCCUUAACCCUCUCUGAGCAGCCUCAGGCAUUCCAGACCUCUGCCACCCAUGACUAUCUACAAGCCCCUUCUACCCUUAGGCAGCAUCUGUCACCAUGGACCCUUCUUGGGCAAGCUUGCCCACUAUGGAUCCCUCCCACCCCUGGGCAACGCCCUACACUAUGGGCUCCCUCAACCCCUGGAAAGCCCCAGAAAAAUUUGUCCUCUCCUGUCUCUAAGAAAAGUAAGGAAAGAUUGUCAAUUAUUUCUUCUCUGAAACCUAAAUCAGCAUUGGUCCAUCCCAGUGCUCCCAGUUUCAAGGUACCUCAAGCCCCUUUCACCACUAAGAAGUUCCAAAUAUCAGAGGUCUCUGACACUUAUGAAGAAAUCCAGGACCCCCGAGAUCCUUUUGCUAUGGAACAAUUUAGAACAUUUAAGUCCUAUCUCACUGAUUACAGGACACCAGUAUCCCAAACCCCUUACAUUGAUGAGGGGGCCCUUCCUACUCUCAUUAAGCCUGUAAUAUCACUACCUUCUCUUACUACCAAAACAUCACAGAGCUCACCUUCUGAAUGGGACCAGAAAUCCCGAUUUCCCCCUAUAGAUAAGACCUGGAUACUGACCUCACUUUCAGGUACCCAGAAAACCAAGAUGAUGGUGCCCACUUCCUAUCCCCAAGAGCUCAAAGAACAGAACUAUUUUGUUGAUGUGGAGGCUCAGCAGAAGAACCUGAUUCUCUUAAAUCAGGCAACAAAAGCUUCUAUACUCCCUUCACAACUACACACAACAGCUAGGAAUCUCAUAAUUGAGACACUUCAUACGGACAAAGUUCGGCUGGGAUACCUAUUCCACAAGUACAUUGCCUAUAGGCUGAUCCAGUGUGCAAGAAACAACAUAAUUAAAUGGUUACAAGCCAUCCAGAAUACUGGGAGAGGUUAUGAGACCCAGAACCUCUACAUAAUGCUGAGGAGAAUUGAUGACUAUCAAAAAAAGGUGAUGCAGAUCUGCACAGGGAAGCAGAAGUCGCUACAGCAGAAACAGAAUCAGUGCCUGAGGAAAAUGACGUACUUAUUCAGCCAGAUAAUCUAGAUAUAUAAAUUGAAUCUAAAUCAACCUAUCCCUUUGAUCAUCAAAAAGAAGCAAACAUCUGCCUCUACCAAAUUUGUUCAACAGCCAAUCCUAAAAGAAGAGGACAAAAAGUAUGAUAUAUUCAAUAAGUUCAGACAAGAAGACCAAAUGGAAGCCAUCUGGAAUGCUGAUCUACCCACUUCAAGUUACCCAAUAACAGAGAAGACAUCAAUGUAUUCACUCUGGGCCCAGCUGGGUGGGUACCCAGAUAUUCCUAUGCUGCUCCAGUUAGAUGUUCACUCUACGUUCCGAAGAUCUCUUACGUGCAUUCAACCAAAGAUGCACCGAAGAGACUCGGAGAGAACAGGUUUAAGAAGAUUCCCAAGUGACUGUAAAAUUAAACACAAGCAUGUGGAAAUUCUUCAGGUUAAACAUCUUCAUUUCCAGACUACUACCAUAACCACUCAAGAACGAAUAUCUUCUGCUCUAAAUUACUUGAAACACAAAGCUUCAACAAACACUGAGACCCCUCAAAGAACAAAGGGCGAGACACGGGCCCUGGAAAAAGCAGCCACGCCCCUCACCACGCCCACGCCGCCCCGCAGAGCAACGCGAGCAGCCGCGAGGAGGAGCACGCAGCCGGCGGCGCGCACGCUCUCGCCGAGGCUGCGCGGGAGACGGUCUGACGUGCGCGCCCCCGCGUCGGUGGGCGGGGUCUUGGGCGGGGCUCUGAGCCGGACCGGGGCGGGGCCGCAGGGAGCUGUAGGUGUUGCAUCUGGGUCGCGACAGGUGCGCAAGGCAAAGCGCCAGGGACCCGUACCAGGGCUGGUAGCAGCGCAGAGAAAAGACCGCUGUUAG